AUGAAGGGAAACGAUGCUUCUCAUGACGCCUCGCAUGUGUGGAGGGUCCGAGAACUUGCUCUCUCCAUUGCUCGCGAGGAAGGUCUCUCUUCAAACUCAGAAUCCAUGGAAAUUGUGGAGCUUGCAGCUCUUCUUCAUGAUAUAGGUGAUUACAAGUACAUAAGAGACCCUUCAGAAGCAAGACUUGUUGAGAAUUUCCUGGAUGAGGAAGGUAUAGAAGAGACCAAGAAGAUGAAGAUACUAGCUAUCAUCAAUGGAAUGGGUUUCAAAGACGAAUUAGCAGGGCUAGAACUCUGCGAAUCUAUUCCAGAGUUUGGAGUAGUUCAAGAUGCCGAUCGCCUUGAUGCAAUUGGCGCCAUAGGAAUUGCUCGUUGCUUUACAUUUGGUGGAAGCAGGAACAGAGUGCUUCAUGAUCCUGAGAUCAAGCCUCGGAAAGAGUUAACCAAAGAGCAGUACAUUAAGAAAGAGGAGCAAACAACUAUUAAUCACUUUCAUGAGAAACUCCUCAAGCUGAAGAAGCUGAUGAAAACUGAGGCGGGUAAGAGGAGGGCAGAGAAAAGGCACAAGUUCAUGGAAGAGUUUCUUAAGGAGUUCUAUGAAGAGUGGGAUGGUAGAGCUUGA